AACGUUGACUAUCUACAGUAGAAGCCAGGCUGCUGGACUGUUAGCUACCAUUUGUUUUGGUUUUAGAGACUCGAUCCAUGUGUCAUAUGGAUCUCCCCCCCCCCCCCCCCCCCUGCCCUGCCAACUGAUUCAUCAGCAUACACACCGAAAGAACAUGCUCACAAACAAUGUACACACUGCACAUGUUCACAAACACAUGCACACAACCACCCAACAUGCGCCUUCUCUCCACAUCCCAGUCCCUUUAGAGAACAGUGACCUUACUGAGCUCGAGGUGCGUUCAGCUAUCUAACACGUAGCGCCCUGGUGCGUUUCGAUGACAGUUUUUACAUUUUUUUUCUGUGGAAUAUCAUUGUACUUCAAACUAUCUGGAGAGAUCUUGUAAGACGACUAAUGUGAAAAAAAUAAAUUGGAUUACAGGUUUUUUAACUAACGAAGAGUUGAACGCACCUCCAGUUCUUGUUUGAAUGUAGAGCAGCUUCACAUUGCUACUUUGUAUCCUUGCUAACGUUCUGGAAAUAUCAGCUUGCCAAUUUUCAAAUGGAAACAAAAAAAAAAGUAUGUUUUGUAACAUUUUUAUGAUUGAAAUUGCAUUGUUACUGUUAUUGUUUCCUGUACUGUUUUGAAUUGUAAAUAAGAAAUAUUAAUAUUUAAAACGUUUGAAAUGUUUCUUUUUAUAAAAUAUACAGUAUAUAAAUAUUUGUUUAGCUGAAUUUAAAAAAAGAACAAAAACUAAAGUUUUAUGUAUAACAUUUAAAUAAAAUUUUGUUAAUGUCCAAAAUACAUGAUUUAUACUACAUACUUUUCCAUUUCAUCCACAUGUACUCGUCUUUCAUAGGACAUUGCACCUUACAUUCAGAUCACCCUUCCUCUCACUAAAGCUCAUGUUGCUCGCUGUGUUAAUUGCAUUAAUCCAGAUUUGAGUGGGGUAAAAUAGCUUUCUAAAAUACAAUUGUGCCUUGGCUGCAGCUGUGCUCAGCAGCCCCUCACAUUCUGUCUAUUGACAGCGCCAGAGACCGGACCGCUGCUAAUUAUAGACAAGUGUGAAGCCCUUCACCUGCACAACAGAUGGAAAUGUGUGAAAUAGCAAACAAAGAGGAAGAAAAUCACUUUUUGCCUGGGUCCAUGGUGCACAAGAUGAUAGACAGCAGCUGUUUGAAUGUUUAAAUCCAUCAGCUCUUAAUACCAAUUGUAUUGUUUCCAAUUUUAACGCAUAGAGGUAGUGGAGGGUGAACCACCAUUGUCAAACUGUACAGUAAAUGUCCAGCUUUCAUAUCUUCAAUCAUGAGUUGGACUCUUUUUCAAGGAGUAAAUUACACUAGAAUAACUUUAGAUAUGCAGUGGUAGGACUUAGCUGAGAAGGACCAAUGCAAGAGAUGAAAAGACUGCUGCAUCAAAGCAUCCAGAUGAAAGAGGCCAGGGUUGUUUUAACCAGAAGAAAGGUAUUCGGCUUUAGGUCAACCUGUCACGUCAUCUCCGUUCAUCCUUAAUGUCACAGGGCCAGUGCUUUGAGGCAUACUUUACUGUUAAAUAAGUGCAUGCAUUGUGUUCUGUCUUCUUUGUUUGUCAAUCGUUCUGUAGAAACGACUCGGGAAGGCAGGGUUACUGUUGCUGUACAGUAAUCCUGCCUUAAAUGAAUGGAUAGACUCCAAAAGCAACAAUCUUUUGUUUUGGAUCAUUGAUUUAUUUUCCAAAGUCAGAGGGGUCAGAACAAAGUCAGUAGCCAAAUGAAUCCAAAUCCGACAGUGUUUGUUUUUUAGUUUUUUUAUCUGAUGGAGCCUGGAGGCUCUCAUCAUCACUGCGUCUGUCUGUUGUUUGGUGUCUCUGUUUCAGACCGUCUCCGUUAUGUUUACCCAGAGGCUCUGGUUUCCUUUGUGCUUUGCGUCUUCAUUGUUGACUCCAUCUUUCACAAUAACCAUAUUGACAUCCUAUUUUACUAGUAUGUGGGCAGCUCAGAUGCCAUCUGAAAAUAGGAAUUAGUUAAGAGAAUGUUUUUUUUUUGUUUUUUUUUUACAAUUAGAUCAGUCACUUAAAUAAAGUAAUAUAGACAGAAAUUUGUAAAAUGUAUUGUGAGAACUCACCAAGUACAACACGUGUGGUGGGGGUUUCAAUGAAAGUGAAAUGACUGACAGUUUUCCAUGGGAUCGGGUUUCACUUUUCUCCAAUAGUUUGGGUAUAAUUACUGACGGUGCCGAGAGCGAGCAGCAGAGUGGUUGUUUACUUAUUGAUGCUAAGCCGGGGGUUGUUGCGCUGUGUAUAAAAAGAGAUUAAGUGGCCCUGAACAUACAGCUGGUGGUAAAAGACAGCUUGCAUUCCUCUGUCUCUCAGUUGUCUGUUUCUAUCUCUGCCUGACAAGACAGCUCACACAUUUCUCCGACUGUCUCUACACUCUCACUCUGUGGUCGCCAACACAUUCUCACACAAAUAAUGCAACGUGGGCAGUGGCGGUAGGUUGCACACCUGAGGUGCAGCAGAUAGCGUUUCACUGACCUACCUCUUCUUAACAAACUCAUUUCCUUCCAGACGAUCAGUAUUUCUCCUCUCCUCUGUCUUAUCUCUCUCGCCUCCCUCCCUCUCUGUAGCCUAUUUUGUGAACCAGAAAGAGGGGCCCGAUUGGGUUUCUCUUCUCCAUAGAGCGGCUUAUGUACGCCUGUCUCCCUCCCAGUGGCCUACAGUCUGGCGGGUCAGGUUGCUCUGAGCCAGCAACAUUCAGUCCAGGUCAUAGACCUGCUACCUGGUAGCCAUUGGCUCAUUGGUGUUGUUGUUUUUUUCAAAGAUCUCCCGUCAUCAUUGGGUUGACCGCCAAACCUCUGCUUUUAUCAAUUAACUUGCAUAUUCACGAGACAGACGAAGGAAUAUCUAGUAGGCUUGAAUUAGAGGCCAAUCCAACCACCUGUGUCUCCAAUCGGUGUCUUCUGAGUGAAAUGUCAAAAAUCUCACUCUAAGAAGACGUACAAGCAUAGAUUGGAUUUAUAACUGAUCCAUUUGACCGUCUUUUAAAUGCUGUUUUAUAUAAAUGAUAUUCUAUGUUACAUUUAGAACAGAAAAAAAUACUGAAGUGUUUUUUUUUUGUUAGUUUUCUUCCUAGAUUUUGCUGACAGAUGUAAUUAAUAUUUUAGAGUAAGGAUAUUGUAAUCCCAUCAGAGACAUGGGUAUUACAAGACAAAGAGUGAGGUUCCCAGAAAAAAAAUCUGAUUUUGCCCAUCUUCUCUUGAGCUAAUGAAGGUGCUGCACGUGUUGCAGGACCAAGAAGUUGUCAUAAACUCGAACUAUUUCAGACAUCCUGCAGGUUUAGUAGGUCUCCCGCCAUUCAAGCUCUAAUGUAGUGCACAUUUCAUUUCCGACCCCUGCUUAGUUUUCCUGAAACAAGACGCCGGGGCUGAUUAAUAAAACAUCCUUUGUGCGCUGCUGACUGAUCACCGGAGCCCUUUCAGCUGUAUAAGUGGUGAAAGGCGACAUAAUCUCCCCCAGAACAAGAUCUGGACUGAGAUUGAGGCAAAAACACAACAGAGAAAGGCACACAGAGGGAAGACCGCACACGCUUUUGGGAGCACAAUGUUAAAACCCCAGCGGCACGGCGAGCUUCUCCUGCGCGACUCCUCGCCGGUUUUUGGGAAGCCGUGGUACUGGCAGCGCAGCAGCAGCGCCAUGGAGAGCACCCGCGGCCUGGCGCAGGUUAUCAUGGAGAUGCGCGAUGAAAUCAAUAAACUGGAGGUGGAGAACCGAGAGCUGCGGGGAGACUACGGUCAACGGUCAUUCGGGGCAAUGCAAGUGGGAGCCGGCACUGUAUCUUCAGUAGCAGAGCAGCGGGCGGGAAUGGAGGAAAACCCGUAUGUGAACCUGAGGCGAAACGUGUCUGCGCCAGUCCUGGAGGGGCAAUACCAAGAGAACGCCGUCAUGACUGUCCGAAGAUACUCUAUCAGCUCCACUUUGUCCGGUGUGACCAUGACAGAGGGAAGGACUGAUCGGGCACAGCCCAGUGACUCUGGAUGGGGAAGACUACAUGAACAGAUCGAGCAUGGUAAUGGUAUCUUUGGUAACUCGGCCAGAGAAGAAAUGGGAAAAGUAACCAACAGGCACUCCCUGCAGGAAUAUGUACACAAAAACAGGUACAGACUGGCCUGUCAUGUAUUUAAAGAUAUGUUGUCUCAUACACCUAUUUCUAAGUUGCAGCUUUGUAGGCGUAUAACUCUUGUGGUUUCUUUCAUCUUUCAGGACCAAGGUAAAAACUGUCACCUUUCUUCUACCUGUGGAUGACAUUUACACCAACAGGCCAGUUCUGGCCAAACACCAGGAGGUGCCUAAAAUCACUGAGCUGGCUUCCAUAACUGAGACAGAUUCCUGAUAGAAGCAGAACUUUUGAAGACUUGAAAACACCUGAAAUGAGCCUCAAAACUGGUUAGCCUCUUCAUUUAGGUCAGUGUGGAUUGGGCUCUUAAUGAGAGAGCCAGCAGACCGAUUUUAUCACACCCGACCACACAAAUAGAAGACUCUGGUUACGGGUGUUGUUUUCAGCAGGCCAUUGCAAUCCAGGCCCGGUUAACAGUGAUGUGACACGGGGCCCUCUGCAGAGAGGAUCGGAUGUCUGGACUCCUCUCCCGACCUGGGGUGUCGUUUUGGAGUGAGACCCACACCUGCAGGUGACGGCCCUUUUACGGACAGCUGUGGUCACUGACUCGGGCCUCGUGAGCAACAUCAGGCUCAUUAGUUAUUCAUCUUUGUUUCUUUUCACGAUGUAAACUGUGAAGGGUAGUCAAGGGGCCAUGUGUGCCUUGAAACACGUGACCUGCUUCUUAACAGUGUUUCUAAAGAGUAUUUUUUAGUGCACGUCACAUACUGUAGUCUCUGCUUCCUUGUAAAUAAACCAGUGUUUGGUAUACCAUUAUGAAAAUAAAUGUAAGGCACCUUCAACAGUCAUUGUAAGCUAUUACUGCGCAAACAUUUGUUGUCUCAGUAUUUUGGCAUUAGCUGAAACUCAAGAGCUCACGUACUCAGAGAGGCUUCAGCCAAAAUGUCCAUGCUUCAAAUUAGGGCUGUCACGAUAUCACAUUUUCACUACACGAUUAUCAUGGCCAAAAUAAUUCGUGGUAAUGAUAUCAUCACGAUAUCUAUAGAAAAUUAAAAAAUAAAAAAUAUUGCUGUCAGUAAAAUUCAUCUUAAACUUUGUUUAUUGUGCAUUUGUCUCUUUUUUGGCAAACGAAUAACUUUAUUGGGGGGGUGGAGAGAAAGUCUGUUACCA